GCCGCCAAGGAGGUGCUGUACCACCUGGACAUCUACUUCAGCAGCCAGCUGCAGAGCGCCCCGCUGCCCCUCGUCGACAAGGGCCCCGCCGAGCUCCUGGAGGAGUUCCUCUUCCAGGUCCCCAAAGAGCGCGGCGCUCCGCCCAAGAGAUUGAAUUCACUUCAGGAACUUCAGCUCCUUGAGAUCAUGUGCAAUUAUUUCCAAGAGCAAACCAAGGAUUCGGUCCGGCAGAUCAUUUUCUCGUCUCUCUUCAGCCCUCAAGGAAACAAAGCAGAUGACAGCAGGAUGGCUUUACUAGGAAAGCUGGUUUCCAUGGCAGUGGCUGUGUGCAGGGUUCCUGUUCUGGAGUGUGCUGCCUUCUGGCUGCAGCGAACCCCUGCUGUGUACUGCGUGAGGCUAGCCCGAGCCUUGGUGGAUGACUACUGCAACUUGGUGCCAGGGUCCAUCCAGACGCUGAAGCAGAUAUUCAGUGCCAGUCCUCGCUUCUGCUGCCAGUUCAUUACAUCCGUCACGGCCCUCUACGACCUCUCUUCAGAUGACCUCAUCCCUCCUUCGGAUCUGCUCGAGUUGAUUGUUUCCUGGAUCUUUGAAGACCCUCGUUUGAUCCUCAUCACCUUUCUAAACACUCCUAUUGCAGCCAACCUGCCAAUAGGGUUUUUAGAGCUCACCCCGCUGACUGGACUGAUCCGUUGGUGUGUGAAGGCCCCCUUGGCUUACAAGAGGACGAAGAAAGCCUCUCUCUCGAAUGGACAUCCCCCCAGCAAAAUUGCCAAGGACUCGCCCUCAGGAGAAGAUAAAGAUUGCCACCAGCUGUAUUCGAAACUGCACCUAAGUGUCCUGCAGGUUCUUAUGAUGCUUCAGGGGCAUUUAACGGAGAAGAACCUUUAUGGGCGCCUGGGGCUGAUUCCCUUUGACCACGUGGUUCCGCUUGUUGAGGAAAUUAACAGACUCUCUGACGAACUCAAUCCUCUUAAUGCGUCCAAAGAGAUCGAACUGGCUCUAGACAGACUGGCUCAGGCCUUGCAAGUGGCCAUGGCAUCGGGAGCACUCCUGUGCACUAGAGAUGACUUGAGAACUGUGUGCUCCAGGCUACCACAUAACAACCUGCUCCAGCUGGUGAUUUCGGGUCCAGUCCAGCAACCGACCCACAGCGCUCUGCCACCAGGAUUUUACCCUCAUAUCCAUACUCCUCCUCUGGGCUACCCCGCACAUGCCGCGCACCCUGCGCUCCCGGCUCACCCCGCACUCCCGGCUCACCCUGUACAAACAUUUAUACCAGGAAUGACAUUCCCCUACCGACCUAUUCGCUAA